CAUGAAUUUUCCACUUCACUAAGGUCAGUCAAUCAACCAAAUUUCAUCUCAAAAAAAAUGGAUUCAAUCAAUGUAGAAAAAAUCCAAGCUUUAAAAAGAUACAAGAAACAACAAUAUAUGAACACCCUUAUGUUUUAUCCAAUUGUUGUUUUAUCUUGUGGUGUAUUUUGCACUAGCCCAUUUUGGUUACCUUCAUUAUAUUCAUCUAUGAGAACUUUUCUUUGUGUUUCUAUCCCUACAAUCUUGUCUUUUUUCUUCAAUGUGAAGUCUCUUUUCAUUCUUGGCAAUCUUAUUGUCAUAUUUCUCUUGGGCGAGUCCAAGAUUCAAGGGUUGGAUACAACAUUUCCUCGAAAAAUCGACCGUGUUGAAGGCGAAAAGACGAAGGGAAAGCAAGAAAUAAGAUUGCCCCAAGUUGAAGGUAAGAAGAUAGAACAAGUGGUUAAGAUUGAGGAUAAGGAAGAGGAGACCCCGGUAUCAGGCCGAGUUGAGGAGGAGAAUAAAAAGGGCAGUGAUGUAGACGAGAUUGAGGAUGUAGAGGGUGAAAGGGAGGAGGAGUUGGUUAUUCAAGAGUUGUCUACUGAUGAAUUGAAUAGAAGGGCUGAUGAUUUUAUUGCUAGGGUAAAUAAGCAAAUCAGGUUUGAAGCUGAUUAUUGAGUGAGAUGUAGAGAGAGAUGAAUAAUUAACCUUUUUUGUAGAUUUAAUUAUGUUGUAGAUUAUUAAUUGGUAAAUUAAGUUGUAAUUUACAAAAGUGGCAAAUGAAUGUCUGUCACCAAGUUGAUUUUGUUAGCUCCUCUGUAGAUGAGUUUCUGAAAUAUCUUUGGAAUUAAGCAAUCAAGAAAUUAAGGUAUAAUGUGUUUAAUGUUUA